AUGGUCCACACGAACACCAACAGCAGUCGAGGCAUCGACAUGAAACCAGAACGCAAGAAUCAGCCACAGCACGAGCACGAGAGAUUUACCCGAACGAAAGACAAGGAAGAAGCCAAGGCGAAAGAAAAUUUACCACGAAAGAUUUCAGCAGAGACAGCCAUCCUCGGAUACAGCGAGCAGCAACCUCCUUCCAUGCAGCCCAUGACACGAAGACAGUGUAUUCCCUACCACAACUCGUACGGCAAUAGCUUUCUGCCCCAACCAAUACAAACCAUCGACUACAGCGAUCACGAUCAUUCCACAAACACUGUCAGCCCACCGUCUGGCAACAGCAUCCAAGAUGCACUCUGGCAACUGCGAUUGGGGAUUGAUGGCGUCGUCACCAGCAACAGCCUCAUCUACGGCAUCCUUCCCUUUGAUGCAACUCCCACCACCUCUGUGCCCAUCAUCAGCCCAUCAUCAACAUCAACAGCGACAGCAGCGAUGACAGCAGUGACAGCAGCAGUGGAUGACACAACCACCAUCAACAGUCUGCGAGCCGAUUGA